UACACAAAAUAUAGGAUCAUAUUUAAUAGACAUAGAUGGUUUGUACAUGAGCUGGGUAGUAUUUUGUUUGUCUUGCGUAACAACAUCCAUGUGGUUUUCAAACAGCGACCCUUUAAAAGAGCCAAAUGAUCCUUGUUUCCCUCAAAAACUGUAAACAGUCAACUGAAGUUUCUCUUGGGAGUUUUCUAGCAAAGGAACUGAAAUGGUUCUUCCGCACAGGAUUUCAUUGUUGCUCCUCCUCUGUUCAUCUCCACUAGUGUUUGCUGGUGGUAACUCCACCGCGGCUCCCUGUGAUCGUCGCUGUCUGGCAAAUGCUCGGGUUCAGAAAGAACUGUUCAGUGCGCCGCAGAGUGAUAACUGUACCAUCAUAGUGAACAUCACUUCAAUACAGUAUGAGACACUGUCUUUUGAUACAAAGGACAUGAAAAUGACCAGCCGUAUCAAGGUAAACAUGGAGUGGAAGGAUCCUGAUCUUGGAUGGAUUCAAGAGAAAUCUAGAUUUCCAACAAUUGUCAUGCCAGUUGAUAAAAUCUGGAUUCCUCGGAUAGUUUUGGACAACGCAAUAGAAACGACCAUGGAGCCGUACACUAAUGAUGUCCAGGUGAGGCGGGAUGGGACUGUGAACCAUGCGGUUGUUUUGUUCACGACGGUGAGCUGUCAAAUCAACCUCUUCAACUACCCCUUUGUGGUGGGGUCGUGCCCUGUGGCCAUCAAUGGAUGGAGCCAGAAAACUUGCGCUCUCACACUCCAGAUCGCUGAUAAUGUGUCUUUGGUUGGCGGCAGUCGAGGAGAGUGGCAGACUACCAGCGUGAUCAAAACUGUGGAUUCCUCAAAUCGUGUUUAUCUCCAAGUCGCUCUGUCUAUUAACCCCUUCAGUGCUUUUGUGACCCUGAUCCUGCCCAGCGGACUGGUACUACUGGCUGACCUGGUGAGCUUUGCUCUGCCAUUCGAUGGAGGAGAACGCAACUCUUUUAAGGUCACUUUGGUCCUGAGCUUCACCAUGUUCCUCCUCAUCCUCAACGAUCACCUGCCUAACGGUGGCUACUGUAGCCCCCUCCUCCAUUACCACUUCAGCUUCUGUCUGGUGUGUUUGGUCAUGAGUAUGCUGGCCUCCAUAGUGCUAACACGUCUGUCUGUAGAAGACAGCUUCUUGGUGUGCAGACGCUCCGCCAAGGUUCAUCCAUCAAACAGCACCAAAACAAAUGACGGCCUGGAUCAGGAGAAAGAUACAGGUGUGAUUACAACAAAGUCUGGUGAUCUGGCUUCAGAGACAGCUUCACUCCAGAAAAUAGUGAACUUUUUGGAGACCGUGGAUGAAAGGGAAAAGGAGGCUCAGAGUAAAGUGGCAUUUGCUUACCUCUUAGACAAAUUCUGCUUUGGCUUUUUUAUAAUCAUCUACAUACUUUAUUCCAUAAGUAUACUUAUUAUCACCCGAACAGACAUUUGUAAGGUUAAUAAUCUAGAUUUCUGGGAUGAUUCCCACCAAGAUGAUGCCUACUAUGACUACUCAUACUCAGACUCAUACCAAUAGUCACUUUCACUGCUCUGUUCUCAGAUCAGCUCUGUUUUUUUUUUUUUUUUCCUAAUUGGUGCAUAUAAUCUGUAGCAAACUUUGAAAAGUAAUGACUGAAUAAUGUACAGGACAUCAAAAACUGAUUUAUUCAUAUUUACAAGAAUAUCAACAAAAUCUUAGGAAUCAAUACAACAUACAAAAUAGCUUGACAAAAUGUAAUUCUCACUGUCUUAUUAAAUGUGCAAACUUUCUGCAUGCUAUUGAGAUUGAAAAGCAAUUUUAUUUGUAUUAAACCACUAUAUUCAAAAAGGUAUUUUCGUAGCAUUAAUUAUAACAACAAAUAGAAAUGCUAUUUUAAUCACUACUGAAAAUUUUGUCAUUCUUAAUAUAUGUUGUGGAUCAUUUAU